AUGUUCGGUGGCCUGGAAGGAUUGAACGACUCCCAGUUCCUGGGCUGGUUCUUCCUCCCUGCACUCCAGUCCCUCGGGAUGUGGAUGCAGCAUUUCAAGCUUGCAGAGUCCAUCACCAAUGCCAUGCAAAUCCCCCACGCCAAAUGUAACUUGGGCCGUCUCCAGUGUCUAUCUCUAAAUCAAUCGAUGGCUAACACAACAGACAUGAUCUGGAUGCUGGCCCAGAUGAACUCGCUGGAGCAGCUCCGCCUCGGUAUGCAGUAUGCCACCAGCCUCGAAGCCUGGCGUAGCGUCGGCGCCAUCGAGCCUGGCCUGCUACAUGUUGCCCCAACGCUGCGUCGGCUCACGCUGAAUCCGCACUUUGCACUCAUUUUCCACGGCGCAUAUGAGGCCCCACCCCAACAGAAGGCGAUGAAGCUCACGCACGGCAUCCUCCGCACCUUUCCAAAUCUGCACACUAUCCGUCUGCCCGUCUCUGCCCUCAUCGGUUGGGGUAUGGCGCAGGAAGACCUGGCCGAGGCGCUGCCACUGCACAUUGUCGACCUCGUGCUGCGUGAUUGUCAGAUUGACCAGUACCUGCCAUUUCGGAGACUGGACGAAAUUCACCGUCAGUUGACGUGGUUCUUGUUGUACCAGGUCCAAAACUUCAAGCGCUUGCGCCGGAUCACUGUCUUUAUCACCUGCCCUUAUGGCGAUCCCUUCCAACCAGACCGUAACCUUAUCCGUCAGCUUGGCCGUGAUAAGGGCGUGUUGGUCAACCUCAUGCACCCGAAUGGACGGCCUUUGGAUAGGAGCUAG